AUGCUUUUCACCACUCGCAGGCCAAGGCGGGAAGAAGGCGCCGAUCGCCGGUCUCCUUUGCCCGUUUCUGCUUCUUCGCCCUCGCCUCCGCGACCGAAGAAGAGGAAGAAGGAGAAAACAAGAAAACUCUUUCGUUCGCCGUCCGGACGUGGGCGUCGAAUCCGAAGCCCCACUGACUGGACGCGCGAAGGCGUCGAGAAAGCGAAGAACGAACGUGCUUUCUCUUCCUCCCCCUCCUCGCCUGCGCCGCAGUCGCCUGUUCUGAUUGACCUUUGUUCAGACGACGAGGGUGAAGAUGUGCGAAGGCCAGUUCGCAGUUUGACACCCACCAGAGGGGCGGAAAGGUCCGCUUCGUUUUCGUCUGCGUUCGGCUCGACAGACAAGACGAGUUGCGAAGCUGCGACGCCGUGCCGCGUCGAAACUCACUCAGAUGGAGAUGGUGAAGACUCCGCUGCAUUUCCGGCCUACGCUCUGUCAGCUGCGGAGCAGAGAGCCGUGAAUCGUGCAAGGAUCACUUCAAGACGAGCUGUGGGGACAGGCGCUGGUUCCCUGUCUUCCACGGUGACCUCUUUUCCCACCCUCUGUGCGUCUGGUCUUGAACCCGAAGAACGAUCAGCAUCUUCGUCGAUGCCUCACUUCCACCAGGCGCCAGGUGAGGGGUGCUCGUCUGCGUUCUUUGCUUGUGAGGCAACAUCCGCCAUCACGGAGGUCUUCCAGUCUUCGGAAGUUGCUGAAGAACGCUCGGAGGGUCACCCGAGGCCCAACUGGCUGAUGGUAGGGCGCAGCUUCGACGUUGCGCUUCUUCGCAGUAGCGGGGACUGCUCCUUGAGCUCUAGCGCUGCGGGGGCCAGCGGCCUGGGUCUGGAAAGCGGAGAAAAUGACGCCAAGGUGGUGGCGGAUCGCUCUGCGCUGCAUCGAGAGGACGAAGGGAAAGAACGAAGGAACGCGGAGGAGCAGAGUCUCUUAGAAAUGAAAUUGCUUCUGGGGAAUGAUGAAGAGACAGUAAAGAAGCGGUCACGAAGGCAACAGCGUGCGGACCUGAGCGCAUUUGAGGAUGCGGACUUCGACAGCAUCAUGCCGCCGCCUUCCUCCAUCUUCUCUGCAGAAGACUUCGAUAAGCUCGCUGACUUUUUGCACCCCACAAGGACCGCAGUGUACAGCGAGAAGGGGAAGAGGCCAGGAACGGAACGGGGGAAAGGAGCCUUUUUUGAGGAGCCCGAAGACGGAGAGGGGGUGGAACACCGUGGUGCACGUCAGGAGUCUCGACUGUCUGAGCUCGAGAAACGCGACAAAAAGAAGAAAGAAGGAACCGAGUUGUUGGCUGCUGGUUCCUUGGAGUACAGACAGAGGACGGGCAAACGAGGGAACGAGACUGAUGAAGAGGAGGAAGAGGGUCCCGUCCUCCGUUUAUUUUCCUUCACGCUCACUGACUACAGAGGCGAUGCGGAGUCUCGAAAGAAGACAGCGAAAGAGUGGAAAAAGAGAGGAAGCCAGCAGACUAUCGAGGGCGAGACCAAGCGACCGACAACUGCAGCUCGCGACGACGGCCUGCCGUUCUACGAGAGGAUCCCGUUUGUGGUCUGUCGCUCUUCGGUUUCUUCUUCGGCCGUCCUUUCUCAGCUCUCGCGAGCCAGUGGUCGCCCCAGCCUUCGGAAUUUCUUUUCUCUCUCGUGGUCGCCUGCAUCUCCCGCCAUUCUUCUCCCCACACUCCGGAGUGGAGGUUCGUCUGAGAGGCCACCUCCGCAUUCGCUGGGCGCUCUAGACUCUCAGUGGCGACGGCUGAGAAAACAACGCCCAGCGGCGAGAAAAGCCGAAACCGAAAUCGGAGAAGAUGGAGGCGCGGAAGAUGCAGAAGCCCCUGCGGAGAUGUACCACGUUGAUGUGACGUUCGAUGUGGAAGGAACGCCUUUCUCUGGGAGAGACGAAGAACGGCGCAAAGGCGAAAUUUCUCAAGUUCCGUCUUCGGCCUUCUCCGGUGGAGAGAUGGAAGCCGCUUUUCAGGUGCAGCAGCUCCGCCAGCGUCUGCACCUGCGGUGCCGCCGCAUGCGAGGCGAUGCACGGAACUGGAUUUCUCUGGUUCGCUGUGAACCCCUCUUCCUGUUCUUCACGAAAGCGCGAACUGCCUCCCUCUCUGUCGAAGCAGGCAAGCGGCAACUCGCCCUGCUCGGGCGAGCCCGCCAGGAGGCGCCCCACAGCUUGCAGCUUCUCUUUCUGUUUCUCUCCCUUUCGUCGCUAUAUGACCAACCUGCGCAUGCGCUCUUUAUCUGGCGCCGCGCUCUGUUGCAGCUUUCGGCCGCCAACGCGCAGAAGAAACCUCGGCCUUUCGACACUUCUCACGGGGACCUCGAGGGCCGGCGAGAAGCCACAUGCGAAUCCCACACCGCACAAGCCCAGGGCCUUUCGCCCCAGGAGGGGGAAUCGGAUUCUGCCUCGCCGGUGGAACAGCGGUCUCUAGUUUCGCCAGACUGGGCGUCAACGGACCGGUGGGAAGGACGACUCUGGGUAGAGCACUUUUUGUCAGCUGUGGGUAUUUUCGACCACUUUUCUUUCUCGGCGUCUCGAGCCCUCGCAGGCGACCUCGUCGACCUACUCGAGAGACGCGGCGCCGUCAGUGGAAACGUGGAGGCAGGAAUGCAAAGACAAACGGAAGCAGGAGCGAAGAGCAAAGCGGAGAUGCAGCGCAAUGUCUGCACGGAGCCCGGAACCGGAAACGCUCCAGCGCCCGACUGUCGCCUCCAGCUUCUCCUGGGGGGACUGGUGCCCUGUGAGCUUCGCGGCGGACAUCAGGCAUUUGCCGUUCGACUGCUCCAAGCCUUCCUCCACGUCGAAGUCUACGCGUCGCGCCUCGGGCCCGGGAGCCGCAUGGGCCUCCAGCAACUUGAACUCGCCUUCGCGUCUCCCCACAACCUCCACUUUGGCGAUCCGUGUUCGGGCUACCUGCUGCACUCGACGUUGCAGCUCGCGACCAUGAUGCGUGGCUCUCUGUCUCCUUUAGAGAAAGGCGCAGACGGCUCCGAGGGCUUGCGGCUCUGCGAGGCCGUGGACGAGUGGGUGAAGGACGAGCGCCGGAGCCUGUACGAGGCGUAUGCGCGCGCCUUUUCCUUUCUGGGGGAAGAGGCGCAGAGAAAAACAAUUCAGGCGAUUUCUCCUCGACGCCUGCGGCUUUCUGGGGGUUCGAGCUGCGGCGGAGAGGCGAGAGCAUCCGCCGAGGGCCUUCUCACCUUCUUCCUCAAGACGCAACGCAACCCAGAGACCGCGUCUCUGUUCGCCUGGUUUCUCGCCGCAGAAGAGGCGUCUGAGGCUCUCACGUGGUGGCCAGGAAAUGCAGGGACCCCUGACGAGGUGAAGGACCAAACAGAGGCUGUGCAGCUGCUCCCGGCUUCGGCAGAGCGAGCCACGCCGCAGAGCCCCUUGGCCAUCCCGCAGGCCCCAUGGACAUCGCAGGGGGCCGCGCGGGUCGCGUCCGAUAGCGAACUCCUCAGGCGCCUGUGUGUCCGCCGGGAGGAAGGGGAAGAAGCUGCCUGCCAGGCGACCGAGACCGCGGGGGAGGAGGGAUGCAAGAGGCAGAACGAUGAAGCGAGAAGAAAGAGAGAACGACGGUACCGACUUCUGUCGGCCUUGGACGCCUUAUCCUCCCCCUCCCUCCAUAGAUUCUGUUCCAACGAUCCGCGAGCCGUCCGAGCUCUAGAGGCGGCGGUAGAUGUGCGGCUUCUUCUCACCAUCCAUCUCCUUCAGGACCCAUCAAAGAUUGCGGCGCCUCCCGCCACGACAGAGUCUCCGACUGUCUCCUGGCCUGAGAUCCCAGGCGGUGCGCCGAGGCGAGAGGACGCGGACGAGCCUCAGAGCGGCGCAGACGUGCACCGCUUGGAGGCGGCCGCGAGUGUGGCUGGGGAUCUCAAGAAACAGGACAAGGCAAAGCGGAAAAGAAACAAAGAGGGAAACCCCGGCGCUCUGUUUGGGUCCUGGUGGCCGGAUAGCACGUUCAUGGAAGACGGGGAAGCCGCCACGCUCGCGGCGACGCUCACCGGCCUCUGGAGGGGUGUCGAGGCGCGACUGAGCGACACCGUGGCCCGGAUGCAUGCGAAGAAGAAGGAUCACGAGGGGAGAAGACGAAUGGAAGAAGAUCCAGCGAACGGCCGUGAAUGCGGACGGCAGAGUGGAGGAGACCCGGAAGACGGCGGAAGAACAAAAGCGUCAGAGGCAGGUGCCAGUGCAGGUGGUAGAGAAGACAGGGACGUUGACGCUUCUCAGCCUCAACACAGGCUGGACGAGAACACACCGAGAGAAGGCGAAGGCCAAACGCGCGCCCAGCUCGUCGGCCUUCUCGCUUCCCAGGCUCUUCUGUGUCUUCCCGGAGAUCCUCUGGUGGCUUACUGCGUCAUGGCAGCCUGUCGAAAUCCCAAGGUGACCAAGACAGUUCUGCGGCUCUUCCCCGCUUCGCCGGGCCUCUGGCUCGCCUACGCUUCCUCCCUGUUCCACGAAGCCUUUCAGCAAAGCUGUGGUCACCAGCAUCCCGUCUCGUCUUCCUCUGUUUCCUCUAACUUCUCUGUUUUGUCUCCGUCCUCGAUAUCUGCGAGUCGUCCUUUGGCUGAGGACUGCGCACGCUCUAGGCGGAACGGCGAGAAAGAAAAGCGGUGUCCGUUGUCAUCUGCACGGAACGUCAUGUUCACCUGCUGUUCCGCCUUCUCCCACCAUCUUCCGUUGGCGGCGUCUUGGGCGCACCUGGAGCUCGUUUCCCAGAAGGUGUCCGACGUUUCUGUCCCUUCGGCGUGUGGGGUGUCCCCGUUUGUCUCCACCCUCUCGCCUCAAGAAGCCCUGCUGCUACACGACGUUCUCCGCGCGCCGCUCGACCGAAGUCUGGCGGGGCUUUGCUGGCUCUUCCCGGCCCUGGCGUCUGUCUCCUCUUCCACCCUGCCCCGCUUGCUUCCGUGGGAAGGUGGGGGCCUCUCCGUCUGGGCUCUCGGCGUCGCGUGUUGCGCGGCUGAAGAGAACUUUGCGGAUUUGUCUCCUCUCCUCGCUGCAGGCGGCCCUGCUCGAGCGACGGACCGUCGGGCCGAGCCGGUUGAGGGAGACUGGAGACCCUUGGGAAGGGCGGGAGAGCGAGGCAUGCGGACGGAGAGGAGCUUCUUUGCUCGCAAGCGUCUCGCGGCUGCCAAGCGAAAACUGACUGAAAAACUGAACUCUCUCGCCACAGAUAGGACCGCCAUGAUUCUCACCAGUGAGGAGCAGGAGUUCCCUCUUUUUUCGUCCCCCUUCUACUCUUGUGUCUUUCUCCUUGCCAUCGUCUCGGCGGCGCUUUCUUGGGCUUCGCCCGCCCGCGCUGUUUGGCGGGUCCUGAGAGGUUCGGCGUUUCCGCGCAUGUUCUCUUUGCUCCCUCGCGCGGAGUCGCUCGAGGACCUUUGCGUCCUUGCCUCGGAGAAAGCGGGCAAAGAGGCGAAAGCCGAAGGCGGCCAAGCUCCUCAUCUUCCAUUUCUUGUUGCGGUUUCAGAAAGGAAUGUGACUGGCGCAUGCAGAGCCGCCGCGGCAGGGCCGCGCCUGUGUGGCGAAGAGGCGCGGUGUCUCGAGCUCUUCUUCACUUUUAUGUUGUCUCUCCUCGUGGCUCUGGGACAGCAGUGUUCGAGGAUCUCUACUUUCUGGACAAGAAACAGAGGAAGUUCAUGCCGCGAAGCGGAGUGCGCUGACCGUGAAGCUGCGAUAAAGGAGCUGGACGACGAGGAGGGUAUUCCACGAGAAGAAGAUGUUUUCGCACGCGUUUCGGAACUCGCUCUCGUAUUCUUUCCUCGAAAUCGACUUUUUCUCGCUCUGUAUAUUCAGCACUUUCGGCGACGACACAGCGACGCGUUCGACGUUCGCGAGCGCCUUCUUCACCUUCUUCGUUUCCCGUUCUUCGGAAUUGUCUCCUCUCCGUGGCCUCGCAUGCGCAGCGCGAUGAAGCAGCCAGAAGGGAGAACCUCGCAUGUGAGCAGCGACAGGUUAAAGGGGAGAAGAAGCUCGGGACCUCCGUCUGUUCGCGGGAACGCGUGCGCGCCGGAGGGAGCCCAAAAGGAAAGACAUGACGGUCAGGGAGACGAGGCGAGGCACAACGGGGGGCAGGACAAGCCCGGAGUGGAAAGAAGGCAGAGGAGAGUCCGAGUUGGGGGGGACGACUGGAGAGAGUCAGAGACAGGUCAGAAGGAAGGAGGCCACAAGGCGAAGACAGACUGCAUGCGCUGCGAGGGGGAUCAAGCGAGAAGGACAGAAGUGAAGCACGGAUUGCAGGGGCGCGCGGCAAGGGAGGGAGACGAGGAGACUGCUGACGACGACGAGCGCGAAAGUGGCGUCCCCGGUGAUGAGGCGGAAGACGAAGGCUGUGUCGAGUUGAAAAGUCCUUUUCGGUUGGAAAAAGGCGCACUCGAAACCACGGCGGAAGGUGCCUUCUCGAUGGCGAUGCUCGAGGCGUUCGCUGUCGCUGAAAUGCUGACAGGAGCCCCUUCCCUCAAAAUCCUCACCGCGGCCUUCGAGUUUGCUUUCCACGACGCGCAACUUUCGAUUGCCUACGGGGCAUGCCCCUCUCGCUUCUUCUCUCGCUGGUCUCCCACCUCGUCACUGGCGACGGAAGGAAUCUUCUUCUUGUACGCUCACGUCCUUCUCCUUUUCUUGCAUUCUUUGUCUGCCGGCGAAGCGCGCUUCGGAGGCCAGCGGGGCCCAACCAGCCAGGCCUGUGGACCCCCACGCGCCCGGAAGACACGAGGCACCGGGGGGCGGGAGGAGACAGGCCCGCAGCGGAAGCGCAGGAAGGCCCUCGAGCGAGAGCUCGACCGAGUUCUCCUCCGAGGCGUCACACAGUGCCCCUAUUCGAAGAGGUUGUGGCUCCUGCGUCUUCAUCGUCUGGAGGCUACGCGUUCUCGCCGCCGCGCCUCGGACCUGGUUGAUGUCUGCUCUUUCUUCUGUUGCUUCCCCUCUGGAAACUCAAACGAUCCAGAAGAAGCCAGCGCCGUGCUUCCUGUGACGUCUCCGUGCAUUUCUUCUUGCGGGGGUUGGGUAACAAGCGGGGGCUUGCCGACAAGGAAGGGAGGCGGGGCGGAACUCGAGAGCGAAGAGGCGCCUAGCAGAAGCGAAACUGGGGGAGAAAAACAGGCUCCAGCAAGGCGAACAGGAGACCGGGGCGAAGGGGAAGAGCGAAAAACGAAUAGCAGAGAACAUGAGCAGCAGGGUCUCUCUCUGCCUUCGGUCUCGCUCUCGUCAGACGACGAAGCGUUUCUUCAGUGUGUAGAAGAAAUGUGGGAGAAGGGAAUCGCUCUCAAUCUAGAUCCAUUAUUUGGAUUCAUAUGAGUCAGCAAGGUUACGACUUAUUAUAAAUAUAUAUAACUACACAGCCAUUUAUAGGUGAAAUCCGCUGAAAACCUGCAAAUACCUACGGCUUUCCAGAAACGUAUACGCGUAUGUGUUGUGGUCCAGAUGUUGGUACGUGUCUCUUUAUCUGCGUAGUUUGGUCAUGUACGCGUGGACAGGAAUCGUGUUUAGUGAAUCCGCCGCAGGGGUAUCAACUGGACAUACAGAGGAAACUUCAUGCAUGUAUUCACGGUCGUGGGAAAUGGUAUAUAUGUAUAUAUAACUUCUUCCAGAAGUGCGUAUGUACAUCUAUGCAUAUGCUUCAGAGAGGACGAACAAGCUAAGAACCAAGUAAGAACAGAGACGAAACUUAGUCAUGAGUUGCUGUUCACAAGGGAAAGUGAGGACUCCACCGGAGUAUUUAUGCAGACGAAUCCUCGCAUUUCUUUCGACUUUCAAAAGGAUUGUUCUUUUCGUAUUCGUCCUCACGACAGAUAUUGAUAGGUGUAUUUCUGAUGUAUAUCUGCAUUCUUCUGUAGUGGCAUAUAGACCUUGGAGAGCCGAACCUCGCUGGCAUGCCGCCUUUUCAGCAGAAAGGAGUCCCUACCA